GAGAGGGAGGGAGAGGGAGGGAGAGAGAGAGCAGGAGAGUGAUGAGUGAGCCAUAGAAAGACGAAGCAGGGUGUAGAAAGAAAGAAAGAAAGAAAGAAGGAGCCAGUGAGACGCUGAAGCACGUCUAAUUUGUGUUUUCUUUCUUUCCUUAUUUUUUAAUUUUUUUGUUUGUUUGUUUUUGUCACCUUGCCGACUCCCACCUGGGUUCUCAGAUCCCUCCAGGAUCCGAUGAUUACGGGGCAGCUGAGUAAGCCGCUGCUCUCCCUGCGCAGCGACAUGAGCGCGGCGGAACUCCGAGCGGACGACAAAGCAGCCAGCCCAGACAGCGAUCUGAACGACGAGCACAUGCUCCUGCCGUCUGAGGCCACGGACAGAGAAAGCACUCCCAACAAGCUGUAUGGAGCUCAUGAUGGUUCAGUGCAGUCCGAUGCCAGCAGCAGUCCUACGGAGCAGAACCAACUGAGCCAGUCUCACCCAGGAUAUCCGAUGGGUCCACAGUCGCUCCUCGUGGCCCAGCAGCUGGCCAGUGCUGUAGGCGGGGUGAUAUCCGGGGCGGCGCCGGGCAUGAACCAACCAAUCCUCAUCCCCUUCAAUGCAGGGGGACACCUGAGCGGGCAGCAAGGCCUGGUCCUCUCCCUGCCCACAGCCAACAUCCAGAGCCUGGUGGCUGCUGCUGCUGCGGGGGGAAUUAUGAGUCUCCCCCUCCAGAACCUGCAAGCUACCUCAUCACUAAACUCCCAGCUCCAGCACCUGCAGCAGCUCCAACAGAUGCAGCAGCAGCAUCACCAGCAGCAACAGCAGCAGCAGCAGACCCACUCCCACACUCACAACCAGCUGCCGUCCCAGCAUCACAUGACUCCGUCCAACCAGCAGCAGUCCUCCGUCCCGUCGCCCAGCUCCUCGUGCUCCUCCACCUCCGGCCAUCAGCCGCAGUCCCCGCCCCAGCGGCCCAGCCACUCACCAGCCCGCAGCCUUCCUUCGCCGGUCACCCCGUCCAUGCCGUUACCACUGAACCCGUUGGCCAGCCAGGCGGCAGUAGCAGCAGCAGCAAUGGGCUCCAUCGCUGGUUCUCAGGUGUUUGGAAACACCCUGUCAAACCUGCAAGGAGCCACCGGACAGCUGGUGACCAACGCACAAGGACAGAUAAUUGGAACAAUCCCACUGAUGCCAAACUCUGCAGGGCCCUCCAGCCAAUCAGGGGGUGGCAACCCAGCACUGCAGGUACAGCCAAUUACACCUCAGCUUCUGACCAAUGCUCAAGGCCAGAUCAUUGCCACAGUGAUCGGCAAUCAGAUCCUGCCUGUCAUCAACACCCAGGGAAUCACGCUGUCACCAAUCAAGCCCGGACAGCAGCUGCCUCAGGCUCAGCAGGGUCAGACCGGCCCCGCGCCCUCGCAGCCCAACCUGCUCCACAUGCCCCACCGACAGAGUCCGCUCCAUCAGGCCUCCUCCUCCUCCUCCACCUCAUCCUCCUCUUCGGCUCUCAGCGUGGGACAGCUGGUCAGCAACCCUCAGACUGCCCCCAGCGAGGUGGAUGGGGUCAACUUGGAGGAGAUCCGCGAGUUCGCCAAAGCAUUCAAGAUCCGCCGACUGUCCCUGGGCCUGACUCAGACUCAGGUUGGCCAGGCGCUCAGCGCAGCCGAGGGGCCGGCGUACAGCCAGUCUGCCAUCUGCAGACACACCAUCCUGAGAAGCCACUUUUUCCUACCACAGGAAGCCCAGGAGAACACUAUAGGUAGCAGUCUGACAGGCAAACUGAACCCUGGCCUUUUAUAUCCUGCCAGGUUUGAGAAGUUGGACAUCACCCCUAAAAGCGCCCAGAAGAUUAAGCCCGUUCUGGAGCGCUGGAUGGCCGAGGCUGAAGCCCGCCACCGGUCCGGCAUGCAGAACCUGACUGAGUUUAUCGGCAGUGAGCCUUCCAAAAAACGCAAGCGGAGGACCUCUUUCACCCCGCAGGCACUCGAGAUCCUCAACAACCACUUUGAGAAGAACACGCACCCCUCAGGACAGGAAAUGACGGAGAUUGCCGAAAAACUGAACUAUGACAGAGAGGUGGUGCGUGUUUGGUUCUGCAACAAGAGGCAAGCAUUGAAAAACACGAUAAAGCGUUUGAAACAGCCCGACCUUGGCGCCGCCGCACCAAUGGACCCUCUCACUGAUCCUCUGGAGGAGCUCCCAAAAUGAAUGAGCUUGUCAAAAAAAAAAAAAGAAAAAAGAAAAAAGUGGAAACAUGGCAGCCAUUUAAAAAAAAAGGAUGGACUCUUCUAGAAAUGAGAACUGAGACAUGUUCCGAGUCACCUGGAUGGACAGUGACGAGUUUGCAAACAAAACUAUGUGUUGUCAAUGUGAUUUUUCCACAGUUAUGUAAAUGACCUUGGCGAAACCAAAAACACGAGAAAUGAGAUUAAUAUGUGAGAAUUAUGUAAAAAAACAUACAAUGUGCUGUUUCUCAAGAGUUUUAGAUUCUGACCUUCCCGACCAGACCGUCACCCAAAUUUUGGUUCCCAUCCGGAGGGAUGUAGUGAAGAGAUCAUACCAAAUCAAAACACUAUUUACCAAAGUCUGUUGCAUCUGAGUACUAAGAAUAAUUUUGUAAUGUAAAUGUGCUCUAAAUUUUUACAUUUGUACUGGCAAAUUGAAGCUAUAUGUGUGAGGUAAACAUUUUUUGUCUCGCUUCCUUUUUUUUUUCUUCUUUGUAUGUAAAUAUCUUCUAAAAAAAAUGCUGUCUACUAUUAAAGUCACACUGAUUAACUUCUCUUUUUUGACAGGGGGAAAAUAACUGUGUUGUUAAACAACUACAUAACAAUGUUUGUGUUUCACCUGCAAAUAUUUUCCAUCACGGUGUAACUUUGUACAACUUUUACAGGUAUUUAUUAAUAAUUGAACCUGAUCUUUUCGGAACGUCACACAAUAAUGAUGAUGAUGAUGAUGAUGAUGAUGAUGAUGAUGAUGAUGAUGAAGGAUUCUGUGUUUGUCGAGUCCACUGCAGCUUUGUUCUGAGCUACUGUGUCAUUCUGUUGCCAAAGCCUGAUAGCCAAAGAACACAUUAACGUCAGCUCAAGGACUGGGGAAGGUUUUUUUUUUCUUUUUAAUUAUUAUGAAUUAUUUUCUAAACUGUUUUUACACCGUGGGUAAAUUUCAGUGAAAAACCUUCCUGUCAUGUCAAAUACCUGCCUCACUGUAAUUCAGUAUCACUGCAAUAUAGAAACUGAAUUUUCUCUUGGCUUUCUUCUUUUAAAUACUUUUUUGUUUGUUUUUGUUUGUUUUUUUACGUUACAUACGGCCGAGGCUUCCCGUCAAACAUCCCCAAAGUCCCGGUUCAUUUUGCGGUGUGAGAUACGUUUAAUGAGCCGUUUCAGCAAAACAAUCACAGUGUGUGUGGAAGAGAGAUGGACAGACUCUGGUACCCAACCUGGGGUCCAAGCCCACCAAAAAUCACAGGGUGUGCCCACGGUUUUAUUGCUCUGACAUUGUCAAAAUUAGAAGUUCACAUUAAAUGAAGUCAUUUUCUUUGAAUAAACCAAAGAGGAAAGAAA